UGGCUAUCACUCAAGAAAAUUCAGUAUUAGACAACACUGCUAGAAUUGAGGGCUGGUUAGCUAGAUUCCCAAUGUUUGACUGGGUUGGGGGAAGAACAUCUGAAAUGUCUGCAGUUGGUCUUCUUCCAGCAGCGCUUCAGGGAAUUGACACAUUGCUGAAGUUUCUGAAUCAUAAUGUCAGAGUAUCUGUUCAAUUUUGAUUUUGAGUUGUGAUUCCUGUCAAGUACCUUUUCGUGGCACAUGAGCUAGGUCAUCUAUGAGGGUUAAGAAUAAUCCUGCCGCCUUGCUUGCUUUAUGCUGGUAUUGGGCUACUGAUGGAUUGGGAUCCAAGGAUAUGGUUGUUCUUCCUUACAUGGACAGCCUAUUAUUAUUUAGUCGGUAUUUGCAGCAGUUGGUCAUGGAACCUAUUGGGAAAGAAUUUGACCUUGAUAGUAAUCGGGACUUACAGUGUACGGAAACAAAGGGAGCACGGAUCAGCAUGAGUGAGUUUUCAAUUUACUUUAUUAGGUUUAUCUAGAUCUUGAUGUAAACCAU